GCGACAUGGUCCAUUCCCACAAGGAAAGUGUGGUAGUCUACUCAAGGAUUGCCUCAAGAUAACCUACACCUUUUUCUCUAUUUUGAAAAAUUUCCUACAAAAUACUAGCAACAGAAUCAGAAGUGGAGAUCAAAAUGCGUGGCUUCGCUAUCGUUGCUUCCGCCUUGUGCGUCACUUACGUUUCUGCUCAAGGAGCUACUUGCUUCGAUGACCUCGACUGCGCUCUCACGGGCCAGGCAAAUGCCAAGUGUGUAAGAGCACAGGCUGGUGGGCUCCUAGGAAACUGUGCAGGCAAUGCUGCUACAGCGGCAGGAAAGACAACUGGCGCCGCGGCUCCGGGGAAAGCAAACGCAGCUAGUGAGAGGAAAGGUUCGAUACUUGAAGCUAGGCAAGCUGCCGCUGCGCCGGCUGCAUCACCCGCGGCGGACCCUAUCGCCGCUGUUCUCGGCACAGCUGCUGGAGUUCUCAAGGGCAAGGGCGCUCAACCUGCCGGUGCCGCGGCUCCUGCUGGCUCUCAAGCCGCAGAUCCUAUCGGCGCUGUCCUUGGCACUGCUGCUGGAGUACUCAAAGGCAAAGGGGCACAGCCAGCUGCUGGAGCUGCCGCUGGACAGCAGGCCAACCCGCUGAACACUGUUCUGGGCGCCGCCGCCGGUGUUCUCAAAGGAAAGGGAGGUGCUCAACCUGCUGCCGCUGCUCCAGCUGCUGGCGCGGCCGCCCCUGCAGCUUCCAAGCCUGCUGCAGCCGCCCCAGCACCUUCGAAGCCCGCGGCGGCUGCCCCAGCACCUCCAGCGGCCCCAGCGGCUGGGAAGCCCGCUGCUCCUCCUGCUGCUGCUCCUCCUGUCGCCGCCCCUCCUGCCGCCGCCCCUCCCGCCGCUCCUCCUGCCGCCGCUCCUCCUGCCGCCGCCCCUCCUGCCGCCGCCCCUCCUGCAGCUAGCAAGCCCGCUUCACCCCCAGCUGCAGCCCCGGUCGGCGGACAGCCAGUUCCUGCUUCGCCUAAUCGAGAUGUAACUCUGUGA